AUGAGCAAGCCAUUACAUCUCUCCGGGCAGGACUAUGCCAGCCCCUUUUCAUUCGACCUUGGCAAGGCAAAGCUCGACAAGACAGUGGAUGUCGGAAACAACGGUGUCUCCGCAUCGACUGACCAGUAUGGAAGGGUUCUUCAACUCAGUACUUACCACCCAAUACACGGCAUUAUCGUCGCCGCACCGUACUCUCAGUUCGACAAGACCCGGUACCACGACCCUCAAUAUGUUCGCCAAUACCGAACCAAGAUGCUUCAAAUGUUGUCAAAUGACGAGGAAGGAUUCGGAAUCGUCGUUCAAGAUUUGAACCUCACCUUUGGACUGCAACACCUAUCGAUGAGUGCGGCAAGAUCAAGUUGCACCACCAAAAGGGGUAUCUGCGUUACAACCACGAUGCAUGUCGACGAUGAAGGAAACUUUGCUCAAACUAUUGUACUUCGAAAUCCAACAACGGCCCCUAUAUCUCUCGACUAUCUGAUCAAUCUUCGGCUCAGUGUGCACCGGGCUUCCUACGGUCAACUGACAGAAGGAGGACCUUUGGUCCCCCCCGACUGCAAAAAUCAGCUUCACCUAGACGAUGACACCACUUUUACGGUUUCAAACCCUCUACUAGGUGGUUGCCUUUUGGGUAGUCUGACUUUAGACGACAAACCCCACGUCUUGCCAGGAAUUCAAGAGUCGGUUUCUACAGGCAUCCUGUCCGAUGCCGUCAGCCCAGUGCAGACGAUAACAAUCGAACCGGAGUCACAGGUCACUCUCAGUUCACAAUUUACCUUGUUUGUGAGCCUUCCAGACAAGGACCCUGAUGUCCCGUCGAGAACUGGUUCCAGGGGAAAACAGUGCUUGCCCUCAGAAUGGAGAGACGCCAGUCGCUGUAGCACGUACAUAGUCAGACGCAAUGUCGACUAUAUACUGGGUAAUUGCGUCGUGCCCAUGCCUGACGAUGUCGUCGGCAUCAUCACAGACCACGUUGCAUUGCCAUUGGGCUGGAACAGAGAUAACUAUUGGCAAUGGCGGCUGUUGCUGAAUGUGCAUCAGCACCUUGACAAACUUGUAGAGCCUACCCAACACGGCGUCUAUAAAAGCAAAAUCGAGCGGGUACUAAAAGGCCAUCUUAAAUGGGCACAUGAGGUGGCCGAGCGACCGCACACCUUCUGGCACCGGUCAUAUGUGAUUACCGGCAAGCCCAAAGACGGUCCGACGUUCCAGCUAGAUCAGCAAUGCUACCCUCUUCUCGAGCUAUGCGAUUAUUCGGACGCAUUUCCCGACGAUAAAUCAUUUUUGGCAGACCUGGUGCUCGGCGCGGCAGUGCGUGAGGUACUGUCUUCCAUUGUAUCAAGGCGAGAUGCGUCCAGUGGUCUCUUCCCCACGGAUGAGACACCCGGAGACGACGCGGUUGACCACCCGUUCCACUUCUCAAGUCAUGUCCUGCUAUGGUACACCAUCCACCGGAUUGCGAAGCUGUUCCUAGAGUUCGGAGCUCCAAAGGGGUUUUCAUACCAAGGCGUAUUGGAAAUGGCCGCAUCGAUCCGUCACGCGACACUGAAGCAUUUCAUCCAAUACAAAGAGGAAGAUGAAGAUUCGGAAGGGGUUCAGAUGAUAGCCUAUCUGGUAGACGGUCUCGGGACCAAGACGUUCUACCACGAUGCAAAUGACAUCCCCACCAUCUUCGCCGUGCGAUGGGGGUUCCUCACCUCCGAAGCCGAGAUCAAAGCGUGGCACAACACCAUGUCAUUCGCCCUGUCGCCUCGGAAUCGGCUGGGCUACGCUGCCGGCGGUGACUUUUCCGGGCUUGGGAGCGUGCACUCCAAGGGUCCGUGGCCAUUGGGGUAUUUCCAGGAGCUUCUCUAUGCGCACAUGGCGGGAGACGAUACCGGCAGAGCCGAUGCCAUCAAACGAAUCGCCGGUUCGAUGCAGUGGGAUGGGACUUUUGGCGAGGCAGUCAACCCCGAGACUGGGGCAGUGACGAGUAAGGCGUGGUUUAGCUGGCCUGGCGCCAUGAUCGGUGCCAUGAUCGUCGAGGAGGGAGUGUGCUUCUAA